GGGUGUUGUGCGUGCUUUCCUUUUUGAGAAAGUGCUCGGAGUUUUGGAAAUAGAGGAGGAGGGUGAGCCUUACUGAGCCGGGAUUUUACGGGUGUUGGGGGCAGCAUCACUUUGUGAAGUUUACACCGGUUAUUUCCUGGGCUCCGCAAUCUGUUGUCUGAGCCGGUUUGUUUACAUUCAGUAGUCCUGACGUGUAUUUACGGUUCGACACGCUCCAGCUUCUUUGGCUGGCGUUCAGAGACUUGCUCCUGUGAGUAUAAUGUUACCCAGUCAGGUCGGGUCGGCACCAUCUGGAAACGGGUCGGCAUCGGUCAGGACUGCGACAGGACACGGACCGGGGAUUCGUCCCGUUUUUGUCCGAGCGGGGCAAGCCUUAGCGGGUAUCGGUGAGAGCGGCGGAGCUGCAGGGCGGCAGGCGGAGAGGGAGGCUGCUGGGAUGCUUGGGGCAAACGGGCCAGGAGGCUCCAGAGGGGCGAGACCAGGAAACGGGACUGGGCUGAACCCCCUGCAGACAGCCGUCCAAGGCGGCAUUGUGGGGUUAAACACCGGGGUGGUUCUGCCCCACGGAGCCCGCUUCGACCCGGACCGAGACGGCGCUCCUCUCUGCAGCGGCUCGGACAAUGAUUCUGAUUCCGCAGACGAGGAUGACCCGGUGGGGUCACUCGGGGACAGCCGGAGAGGGGUGAAGCGGGAGAGGGGGGAGAUGGAAGGGGCGGCGGCGGGGCAGGAGCUGGGAGUACCCCCCGGAGGGUACGGCAUGGUGACCGGUGGAGUUGCCGGGGCAAAGCCGGGAAAGAAGACACGUGGGCGGGUAAAAAUAAAGAUGGAAUUUAUCGAUAACAAGUUGAGACGCUACACCACGUUCAGCAAGAGGAAGACUGGUAUUAUGAAAAAGGCUUAUGAACUCUCCACCCUGACGGGAACCCAGGUUCUGCUGCUGGUGGCCAGCGAAACGGGUCACGUCUACACUUUCGCCACCCGAAAACUCCAGCCAAUGAUCACCAGCGAAACGGGUAAAGCACUGAUCCAGACGUGCCUUAACUCACCAGACUCGCCGCCUCGCUCCGACCCUUCCAUGGACCAGCGCAUGAGCGCCACGGGCUUCGAGGAGACGGAUCUCACCUACCAGGUGUCGGAGUCGGAGAGCAUGGGUGACACAAAGGACACACUGAAGCCAACAUUCACUGUUGCCAAUCUACCCGGUGCUACGAGCAGCGCCCAGUCCACCGUACCCACCACCUCCACCACCAUGCAGGUGAGCACCGGGGCUUCAUUUCCCAUCACCAACUACCUGGCCCCCGUCUCGAGCAGCAGCAACAUCAGCGCCAAUGGGACGGUCCUAAAGACGGCUGGGGGCUCCGCGGGCGUCAUGCAGCUUCCCAGCGGCUUCACCUUCAUGCCCGCAGGCACUCCUCUCCCCCCCAGCACCCCCACCAUUCCUCUGAGCCAGCUACAGCAGCACUUUCUGGCCCUCCAGGGGCAGCAUGGUCAGACCCUGGCCGCCACCCCGAAGCCACAGCAGGGACAGCAGGCUGUCCUCCGCUUCCCUGCUGCUGUCUCCCUCACAGGAGCAGGGGUUCCUCAGCAGCUCCAGGCCAUCCAGGUCCAUCCCAACACACAGCCCACCUCCACCAGCGACAGCAGCCCUGAGAUCUCUCACACCUCCACCAACUCCACCGCAACGGUGAGUCUCCCGGCAACCAUUGUCACUUCGUCCGUGCCAACGUCUGUACCGGGUCACAUGAUGUACCCCAGCCCUCACACAGUGAUGUACGCUUCCACGCCGACGCUGGCCGACGGAGGGCUGGCCGUGCUCAACGCCUUCUCCCAGGGAACCUCGGCCAUGCAGGUGUCCCACGCGCACAGCCAAGACUCAGGUGCUGUCCCUCAGGUGUUCCUCACAGCACCUCCGGGCACGGUGCAGAUCCCUGUCUCAGCAGUGCAGCUACACCCAGUACGGCAAGAUCUGCAUUUCACAAAUGGUGAUUGGACAGCAGUCGAGCGGCAGCAGCAGUAACCUGACGGAGCUCCAGGUGGUUAAUUUGGAUACAGCACAAAGCUCGAAGGGAGACUGACAGACGGCUGGAGCUGUUUAAUAUGGCAGACCCAGGGACACACACACACACACACACACACACACACACAUCUCUAUUUAUUGAUGCCUUCCUAUUAAAUUACCAUCACUCUUCUGAAUGUGAUUUAUCAGUAUAUAAACACGAUGAAGGGCAUAUGUGUGGCAGGCCCUUAAUAUGAAGUAAGUUUUGUUUUUUUGGUAUAUAAAUAUAUAUAUAUUUGCAAAUACAUAUGAGAUAAAUCACUAUAUUAUAAUUGGAGCCUAUUUUCUACGCUGUUAGAUGGUGUGUUUUUUUUUUGUGUGAGUUUUGUUUCAGUUUGACAAAAUGUAUUUACACACAGAGACUGCGACGUGCCACCAGCUUCACACCAGCCAAAGAGACAUUUGUUUGUCUGAAUGUUCCUGUGUGAGCCAUCCGUGCACAAGCAUGUGCCUGUGUGUACACACAUCUGGGGUUUUGUAAACGGGACAGGAAGUCUCUUCCUGCCUUAAAACUAAACAAAAUAAUAAAAAAUAAAAAAACAUUUGGAAAUGUAAAUAGUUUUUAAAAACAAAAUAA